CACGAUGGAGUCUGCCGACCAAUUGGACUCCGACAUCAGCGACCUACAUGCCCGCAUAGCGACGCUAAAAGCACACCGCGCAAACCUAUGCUCAGUCCUCCUCUCGCAGCCCCACCUCGCGGCGCGUCUCGGUAACGAUGCGAUCGCAAAGCGCAUAAUCGACCAGCAGUCGAAACGAAACCUCGAGAACACAUAUCGCGCCUGCGCAGGUGUGACCGCGUACAAAGUCAAAGACCCCGAUCCAUACGCGGUAAACAAUGGAGACAUACUUGGCAUCAGCAUCGAGGUGCCUAUCAACGGUGGCUUCGUCGACACCUACCACAUCCUCUUCACACUGAACAAGCACGGAGACUCGAAACGAUUGAGAAUCCACAAACACACGAUACCGUCCUGUAUUCCAUUACAGCAGCUAACCAAUAAGUGGUUACCGCAAGGCGCAAAGGACGGCGAUGGCGCAAAAGAUCCAGAGCAGGACCUUGUCAGGUUUGGACGAGCAAUGAGGAGAGAAUUGGUCAGUUGGCAUAUGCGGUUCCAAGUUGUACAGGAUCUGAGGAAGGAGGCAAAGCUGCCCGAUACGCAGGCAGAAGAUGAUGUUGGAGUCGAUGUCAUCUCUGGGGGCAGGGUGCUGAAUGCGUUUGUGAGCGAUGACAGCUCAGAUGCCGAGGAGGAUGAUGGCAAUGGCCCAAUUCGCAUCUUGGAUAUUGAGGCAGAUGCUGCCGUUCGGCAGGUCACGGUCACUUGGUCAGACGGACGCACGGCAGUACUCGUGGUCACCAAGGACGGCAGGGUCGAGAAAGCUAUUUGCCGGGCAAAGGGAGGAAGCCGAGAUGUUGUGUCAAGCACAAAGGCUGUUGGACCACUCAGCGGCUUGCUGCGCAGGCUUUCGGUUUAGGAGAAGCUUGAUUUGGUGGUCUCACAGCAGGCGUUCGCUGAUAUUUACUUACGAUACCCAGAGCCUUGAAUGAACAAC